AUGGUGGCUGUCUUCUGUAAGCGCUUGGAACGUGCUUGGAGAAACAGGAGCAGCAGCCCAGAAAUGCGGAGCCCCUCUGUUCUCGACGCGACGUGCACAGAAGAUGCAGACUGUCCCACGGGAAACCCGGUGGUUCACGGCAACGGGAUAAAAACUGGGAAAUGUGUGAUGUUCAACACGACCCAUUCCACCUGUGAGAUCUAUGGCUGGUGUCCUGUGGAGAAUAACACUCUGCCCAGGAAACCUCUACUGGCUGAGGCAGAGAACUUCACUCUUUUUAUAAAAAACACUGUCCACUUCACCAAAUUUAAUUUCUCCAAGUGCAAUACUUUGCAAACCAAUGACCCCACCUAUUUCAAGAGCUGCACGUACGAUCCAUUCUUCAGCCCCUCCUGCCCCGUCUUCCGUGUCCGUGACAUGGUGGAGGCAGCUGGAGAGACCUUCGAGGACCUCGCACUGCUGGGGGGCAGCAUCGGAGUUCGCAUCGAGUGGAACUGCGACCUGGAUCACCCCGCUGCGCAGUGCCAGCCGCGGUACUCCUUCCGCCUGCAGGACAGGAGGUACAAUUUCAGAACGGCCUCCUACUACUGGGACUCCCAGCAGCAGCUCUACCGGAACCUGCUGAAACUCUACGGCAUCCGCUUCGACAUCUCCGUGCACGGCCAGGCCACGGUGGUCUGUGACCUGGUGCUGCUCUACCUGGAUGCGAAGGCUGAUUUCUAUUGGAGAGAGAAGUUCGAGGAGGCAAAGCCCCCUAAAGGUGAGAGCGAGGCCGCAGCUUAG